AUGGCACCUGUUCCAAUUUCUCGAUUCUCGGGAAUUUCACUAUUCUCAAGGGAUGUUGCGCAUUCGGCUUCGUUAACCUCGAGGACGACGCCAAUUUUACAGCCAAUCUCUACAAUUCUCCAACCAAGAAAUGGCCAAUCAUCUUCUCCUUCAACAUUGACGAAAUUCUUGACUCGUCUAAUCUCGCGACAAACUACGAGUAGUAACCCAAGUAUAAUUCCAACAACAUACGGACAACAGAACAAUUCUCCUUCGCCUGGCACAAUUGUCGGCAUAGUUUUGGGUUCCGUGGGAGGCUUUCUACUACUUCUCUGGCUCUUGUAUACAUGUUGCACAUUGGGACGUCGUCAAUCUGCGCAAUCUACUGUUACCGAAGAUGUAACUUUCCGUGAGAAUGUUAGACGGAGAUCACAUAAUUCGCACAGGAGUUCGAGACCGCACAGUCGAAGAGUGAGCACAACAGAGAAAGUUGAGAUUAGGCGUCAACGCAGUCGAAGCCCGGCUCCGGUUAGAGUAGUGAGGGAGGAAGUGCGACAAGAAACAAGGAGGCCUCCACCACCUGUGGAGAGAGUAAUUGUUGAGGAGAGGAGAGAAGUGAGAAGGAGUAGGGAGAGAAGUCCUAGUUCAAGCGGUGGGGGUAGUGAUGAAGUCGUGGUCAUUGAAGAACACGACCCGCCGAGGAGGUCGAAGAGUAAGAGGGAGAGGAGAGAGCGUGGGGAGCGGGCGGAGCGAGACAGUGGAUUCAGAACUGUGGACCCAUUGAGCUUUGGGGGUGUCGUUGGUGGAGAAGGUCGAAGAGAAACACUGGAGUUGCGAUUGGAGAUUGAGAUGGGAGGAUUGGAGAUUUGGAGUAAUGGCGGGGAUAUAUGA